UAAAGCUUUCUGUUUUUUUUUCUUUUUGUUUUUUUUUAGCUUUUAAAGAAGUGGCCUUGAAUGUUUCUAUUUGUUUUUGCUAGAUAUGAAGUCAAAUUUCUAAUCUUGUUGUUAUGCAUUUAUUGAGCUUCUUAUAUAGAGGCGGAGCUAUGGUUUUUGAGUUUAUGGGUAGUGAGUUCUAAAAAAGAAGAAGCUUAUUGGUUCUUGAUUAACUAUUUAUACACAUUGAGUGAUUUUUUAAACAUAAACUCAAGAUUUGAGCCGAAACUAGCAGUGAGAGUUCACAAAAUUUGAGCAAUAUGGCCAUAUUGAGGCAGCUUAGCCCCUAUUUAUGAAAUGUAUAGGAAAUUCCUUGACCACCCUGAAACUGAUUGUUAAGGGAUAUGCAUGACAUUGGGUGUAUGGGGUGGUGAUUUGGGUUAAGAUGAUUGUUGAUAUUUGCGAAGCUAUCUUUUGAUGAGUUGGGUGACUUGUACUUUGGUCCUUCGGGUGAGAAAUUCCCAAAUGUUUAGUACUACUUUAAAUGAAGUUCAUAAAGUAGCUCUGUUAAAAAUUUGUAAAUGAAAGGUACCACAAGUCCUGUUCAAGAACUGAGGUAGACAUGCACUUUGAUAUUUUCCAGUUAGACUUGUAAUACAAAUUACAAAAUAUGUUUUCUCGUUGAGCCGUGGGUCUAUUGGAAACAACUUCUCUAUCUUCCAAGGUAAGGGUAAGGAAAUUAUCUCCUUCUCACCUUCCUAUCAAUACCACACAUAGCACUUUUCUCUCCCCAACUUCAGUCUGUGCGGCUGAGUAUACACGAAGCAGGCUGAGCAUAUUAAAGUUAAUCUGUCAUGCAUCUAUGGUUCAGAAAUAUUCCCUAUCAGGCUUUGCUGUUUCAUCCGAAAGAGAAGGCUCAUAUAAACUGGUGUAUGCCAGAAAUGGCUCGGCAGAGAUGUUGCAGCUAAUGAGAUGUAAUGCAAGAAGCCAAAGUGAUAAUGUGUCCAAGGGGCAAGUUUUAACUAAUGACUUUCAAGAAGAGGACUAUUCCAACAAGGACAAGGGUUUUAACAGCAAGGAUGGUAAGGAAAAGGAAGUAGACAGAAGAAGAAAGAUUGGAUUAGCAAACAGAGGAAAAGUGCCAUGGAACAAAGGCAGAAAACAUAGUCCAGAGACUCGUGAGAAGAUCAGACAGAGAACCAAAGAAGCUUUGCGUGAUCCCAAGGUAAGACAAAAGAUGUCUGAAUGUCCACGCUCUCUUAGCAAUCAGACCAAGUUACGAAUACGCGCAUCUCUCAGAAAACUCUGGGGUGAACGAUUAAAAUGGAAAAGGUCACGGGAGAAAUUUUUUCAGUCAUGGGCUGAAAGCAUUGCAAAUGCUGCUAAGGUAGGUGGGAGCGACCAAGAAGAAUUAGAAUGGGACAGCUACGACAAGAUCAAAAGAGAGAUAGCUCUCGAACGACUUCAGUUGGCUGCAGAAAAGGCCAAGGCAAAAGAAAUCACACGCAUACGAGCUGAGAGAGCAGCACAGAGAAAGACGGAAAGGAUGCAGAGACUUGUUCAAAGGAGAAAAGAACGAGAAGAAAAGCAAAAAGUUGAAGGAAAAACGAAGAGACCAAGAAGACGGUCAAAGCAAGAGAAAGAAGAGUUAGCUGUUGCUGAAGAAUUGAAACUCAAGGCGAAAUUAGUGAAGAUUCAGAAGAAAAAGUCCACACUUAGCCAUGUUUGUAGAGAACAUCGACAAGCUUGGGAGAAACUCGAUGUAGCAUUCAUAAAGAGACCUCAAGUACAAAAAACAGUUUCUCUUGCAGAUCAGAUUCGUGCUGCCAAGAAGAGAACAAUGGAUGUGAAUGAAAAAGCCUUUGGUAUUACAUCCUCCAACUCUCAAUCUAUUGAAGUAUCUGCAGAGGCUAAAUUCAUCACAGUGGAAACAAAAUGACAGAAGUAUUUUCUCCAAUCAUUUAGCUACUUGCAUUGGCAUAUGAGAAUGUCUGGACAACUUAGCCUCCGUCUUCGUUGGGAGCUUUUUGUCCUUGGACAUCACUCAUAUGAUGGAGAAACCGCAUGUUAGAAUUUUCAAUUUCAGGAAUACCAUAAGCUACCUGUAGAAAAAGAAAUGGGAAAAGGAAAAAAGCAGCUUGUGAUAUUCAAGUUAUGCAAAAAAAAAAAAAGGAUUGUCAACCAUCUGUCUGUAGUCACAUUUGCUGAUGAAUUAGUUCAGGUUGAAACUAGCUCAUUUCAGUGUUACAUUCAGCAGUUUUUCGUUGUUUAUCAACAUGAAAAAUAUUGUUGCUCGAUGAUGCCAAAAGAGGGAAGAUUGACUUGUAUUUGACUUGAGAACAUGCGACAUGAUGAUCAUUGAUGAGGAAAAAACCUGGUUCCCUAAACUACUUACCCUGGAACAAUUUCUAAGAGAAUCAAUUUUUUAUUCCAACUUA